AAUAAAAGACACAAUUUUUCAAGAAGGGAGUCAUCAAAAGUGAGAGUAAAGCGAUUUAUUCCGCAGUCAAAUAUUAACCGUUGAGCGUUAAGGUGUUUGAAGACAAUAAUAACAAAACUUUACAGAAUAAUAAUAAAAAAAGAAGCGAAAAAUUAUAGUUUUACAUUUGUUUUAGUUUUACUAAUUUAACAACAAAAAAAUAAAAAAUAUGAAUAAAUACGUGGUUUUGUUCGCUGCGGUUGCGGUGGCUGUUACAAAUGCUCAAUUCAAAUGCCCCAACGAUAAAUAUGGACAGUACAGAGAUGAAGUACAAUGUGAUAAGUACUACGAGUGUGUCGAUGGCCGUGCCACAGAAAAAAUAUGUCCCGAUGGCUUAGUAUUCGACGAGACAAUUAGACUAAAGAAUAAGUGCGAUCAGCCAUUCAACGUCGAUUGCGAGGAUCGUAUUGAACUUCAACCACCCAAGAGCAAUCGACUCUGUCCACGAAAGAACGGAUUUUUCGCCCAUCCAGAUGCUUCCGUUUGUAACAUUUUCUACAAUUGCAUUGACAGCGAAGCCAUCGAAAUCAAAUGUACAGCUGGACUUCAUUUCGACGAAUACACUGGAACUUGUGUCUGGCCCGACUCAAUCAAACGUGAAGGAUGCAACGCCGAAAACAGAACAACGAAAGACGGUUUUGAAUGUCCAUCUGAAGCAAUCAAAGGAACUGAUAUCAACGGUCAAACCAUUGCUCAUCCAAGAUUCCCUCACCCAACUGACUGCCAACGAUUCUAUGUCUGUCUGAACGGUGUUGAUGCUCGUGACUUGGGCUGCCAAGUUGGCCAGGUGUACAAUGAUGUCACACAGAAUUGCGAUGCUCCAGAAAAUGUUCCUGGAUGUGAGGACUGGUACACUGGUACUGAAGACGAUGUGAAAGAGACAAAGCGAACCAAAUAAAAGUCUGCCAUUUAGUGUAAUAAAUUAAAUUUGCAUGAACUGAUUGUUUGAGAAUGACUGAGCAACGUUUUUAUUUUGUUUGUGUUUUUGAUGUAAUUUUGCAAUAAUUGACCAAAUUUUUUCAUCUAUUUUCUAUUUAACGCAUUUUUAUUUUAAUCUUUAUUGAUACUCUAUCCGCUAACAACAUCCUCUCUGACUACUCUUUUUCCUUUCACUUCUUUUCUAUGAUUUACUAAUUUCACGCUUGAAAUACUUAAAGUUUCUCUUUUUUUCUGCGACUAUUUUUCUU